UCUAGGAUGCUCCCUAAAUGUUUAUGGUUGUAACAUUGCACGUGAUGUAUGACGUGAUUAAUCGAUGUACAACUGAUGAACAGAAAACAGAGUUUGCUUUGCUUAGAAAAACUUUUUUCGCGGAAUUAAAAUUGUUUUUCUAUCAAGUAUAAUGGCUCUUCAUUCCGCAGGAAAAGGUAAACUUCUAGCGGUGAUUGGCGACGAAGACACUUGCGUGGGUUUCUUAUUAGGUGGAGUUGGAGAGAUCAAUAAGCAUCGUCAGCCCAAUUUUAUGGUUGUUGAUAAAAAUACAGCGAUAAGUGAGAUAGAAGAUACAUUUAAACGCUUUAUCAAACGUGAUGACAUUGAUAUCAUUCUUAUUAAUCAAAAUGUAGCUGAAAUGAUUCGUCAUGUAAUUGAUAGUCACACUCAACCAAUACCCGCUGUGUUGGAAAUUCCAAGCAAAGAUCACCCAUAUGAUGCCAGCAAAGAUUCCAUCUUGAGACGUGCUAAGGGAAUGUUCAAUCCAGAAGAUAUUCAUUAAUAUAAAUGUGGCACUAUAAGGAUUACUAUGCAAUAAAAUAAAAUUAUAUUUGUUCUGUUAUUGUAUUUCACGUCUUUAUCUUUGUUAUUUAGUGGAAAUAAUAUAAAAUUGUUUGCAUGAAAAUGAAUGAAAAAUAAUAGACAGAACUAGGGUUUUUUGUUAUUUGAAAGUGUACAUGUUUCUCGUAAAUAUUUGUAUAUAUACAUAAAGUAAAUUUCAUGCUAAUUGGCCUCUGUGGGAUUGUGCUUCAUACCAGAUAAAUAAAUAGUGAGUUAAUCCAAAAA